AUGUCUUCACGACUUUCUCGCCUCCCGCGGUGGAUGAGCCACUGGUUAGGCUACCGUACCGAAACUCCAACGCCAUUACCAAAAUACCAGUUAGCCGCAUGGUCCUUCAUCACAGCUUUCUGCGGCCUCUCAGUCCUCCAAGGAAUCUUCAAUUAUUCCGACUAUUUCAUCUCCCGCCAUGUCCCAGGCAUCAUCGCCUCCUACGGAGCGUCCGCAGUCCUCGUAUUCGGCGCCAUCGAAAGUCCCCUAGCCCAGCCACGCGCCUUAAUCUUCGGCCACUUCUUUAGCGCCCUGACCGGUCUCUGCAUCACGAAGCUUUUCAGCCUCAUGCCAGACCAGGCCCGGUUCGAGUCUCUCCGAUGGCUCGCCGCCUCAUUAUCGACUGCCCUUGCCAUCGUCGUGAUGCAGCUGACUGGGACCACGCACCCGCCCGCCGGUGCAACUGCGCUUCUUCCCGCUACCAAUGACGAGAUUUGGGCUCUCUCUUGGUACUAUCUACCUGUGGUUCUGUUGUCCUCGACGAUGCUUUUGGCUUGCGCCUUGUUGUUGAAUAACAUGACGCGCCGGUACCCCGUGUUUUGGAUUGCGCCUUCGCCCCCUCCGUCAAAACCUGUACCUGUACCGGAGCCGGAGCUGGCCCCGAAGUCCUCUGCUGAGGAUGCGACGCUGCCUAAAGACUUUGCUUGA